AUGUCGCAAACGGCGCGCGACUACCCGCCGACAAACUACAAGACCCCUUCGUUCCCCAGCAUCAACUGGCAGCUCCGCGACCUGACGGCCGACCACCGCUGGAGCCUCUUCUAUAUUGAGGAUAUCUGGCGCUUCACCGUGCUAUGGACGACCAUCAUCUACAGCGUGGUGCACCUCGGUGCCGCGGCCAUCACCAUCGCCAUGCACACCAACAAGCGCGGGUCGCUGACGUACAUUUGGGCCGUGCCGCUGCUGUACCUCAUCGUGUCGGGCGUGCAGGCGCUGGUCGCUGGUAGUGUUGUUGGGUUGAUCCUAGCUGCGGUCUACCGUGCCGGAUUCUUCUCCAUGUCAACUUGGAUCCCGUUACUAUGGGGCGUCAUCAACGUCCUCGUCCUCAUUAUCGCGUCCUUCACCAUUCAAGGUGGUCUAUGA